AUGUCGCUUGAGUUUAUCCAUGCAGAUUCAGCGGGAUCACGGGCUGUUUCCAUUCUUGCGGAAAGUAUGCAGUCUUUGUUGGACUUUGAUCCAGAGGUCAAAGGAUUUGAGUCCGUAAGGUUCAGUGGCCUUCCAAACAAUUUCAAUAUGGUUCCUGUGCCCUGUACAUCAGAGUCUGCUCCAGAUGUACAUAUGAGAAUUAGCCGGAUUGGAAAAAUUAGAACUGCAGUAGAGUUUUCUAAUGAUGUCAAAUCCUGUGGACGACCAUUGAGCCUAAGCACGUGUAAUGGAUUGUUGGAUGGGCUCUUCAAGAACCACGAAUUUGACAAAGCAAUCGAACUUUUGUAUUUUGUGAAGGAGAAUGGUUUGGAAGCUGAGCUGUAUACGUACAAUAUAGCCACUGAUGGUUUGUUCAAAGCUGGGGAACUCGUAGGCUCAAGGAAAUUAUUUUGUGAACUCCGUAAUAAAAGCUUUAUGCCGGAUGUUAGAACAUUUACCAUAAUGAUCGAUGGCCUAUGCAAGAAAGGGAUGCCAUUUGAGGCUGAGAAAAUUAUCAUUGAAAUGGAAAAGAAUGGUUGCUUGCCUGAUGCUAUCACAUAUUGCAUCACCAUUCAAGGUUUCAUUAAUGAAGAAGAGGUUCAUAAGGCAAAGCAAUUUUUUCACGAAAUGCUUGAAAGAGGAUUUGUUCCCAGCAAUGAUAUAAUUUCAUUGUUAAAGAGCAAACUUUCGGUGGAUCAACUAGAGAAUUUCAGUUGUUUCGCAAACCAAAUUCUUGCCUUGUCAGAAACUAGCAACAGUAGCGCAAGUAGUAAUCUGGAUGAAGAAAGGUUUCUAGAUCAACAGGACAUAAAGGCGUAUGCCUAG